CCCGUCAGUGCGCCAGCAGUCCGCUCACAGCGCAGAGCGCAACGCCACGCCGACCGUGGGUCUGUCACAGAGAGCAGCUCUGCACCUUUACUGGAUUUCAAAGACAGCAGCAGUGGAUAAACUAAGCGAACACGGGGUCCACACAGGUGAGGGGGGGGGGGGGACAAGGAUGCAGACUCUGCCAUCUGUCCAUCAACGAAUCAAGCGCCUCAGUGCCGGCCACACUCGAGUCAACUCAACUACGAAGGGCACCAAACAAAAGUCUUGACCCGGUGUCCCCUAAACACCAUAGGCAAAGCAAAUAUUUGAGGCUGUUAUAUCUGAUUUCUCACGGCAGUGAAGGGUGUUGCUGGUAGAGAAAAAGAGAGAAGAAAAAGUGGGGGAGGAAGAAGUAACCCUUUCAAAGUGCACCCUGUCUGCUAUUUCUGCUGCACUGUGGGCAGGGAGCAUCUCAUUUGGGAGAGCUACAGGCUGACAAAAAAGGACUUCCCUGUUCCCUGCCUGCCUAUCCAAAUGCCUAUAUAAAUACUGGAUAGAGAUAUCAAUUUGCCUGGAUUCUAACACUGCCCAAAAAGAGCCUGUUGGCUAUCUAUAGAAAACGCUACAACAAUCUUGGAUUCUGUGGUUUUCUGAAUUGCUACUUGGUCUAUUAUUCUUCAAAAAAGAUUUAAGAGCUGUGAGCACAGGAAUGGGAGCUGCCAGAGUUCUCUAUAGUUAGAAACUUUUCUAAACACUCCCAGUAGGUUUGAAAAUAUCACAGAGCUUACAACAGCUCUCUGUGGGACACCAGAAGCUGUGAGUCAGUUUGGAGGCUACAGUUUUGAUGUCUUUUCCAGUUUGGUGAAUUAACAUGAAGCCCCUAACGCCAGUUGGAUCCCCUUCACCUCUGAGGCUUCUCAACAAGGGUCCAGACUACCUGCGCAGGCAGAUUGAUGGCGGCGGUCAUGGCCGCUCGGUCAGCGCUGUGGAAAGACUUGAGGCAGACAAAGCCAAAUAUGUUAAGAGCCAGCAGGUGAUCAACACCAAGCAAGAGCCUGUACUUGUACCCUCUGCUACCCCACCGCCGCCACCCCGUCGAGCAAUCACCAUUCCUGGCAGCCUGACUCCUCACCUUCCCCCACGCCGUUCAUCCAACACUCCCUUCUCUCCAGUCUCUGGCUCCUUAACUGCAAGAGAUGAAAAUGAAAAUGAUGACUCAAGAAAGGAGAACAGACGGACUUCUGUCGAUGUUGAGGCACAUAACAGGAGCAAUGUGAACAAUGUGCCUCCCAGCCCCCACUCACCUGGACGCAACACCUUGGUAGCGCCACAUAGCGCUCCUGUACUCAGAAGGAGCACGGGCAAGCGCAUGCUGAGGCCAGAUUCCCUCGUCAUCUACCGGCAGAAGAAAGAGUGCAAAAGUCCAAGCAGUACAGCAGUGGGAGAAAAUAAUAACAUGGAGAUAAAGGGCUACAGUUUUGUCCGCCGCCUCUUCCAGGGAUCCAUGAGAGAGAAGAGUAGUGGAGGUGAGAGCAGAGUCCAAAAAAUGGUCAUCGGUGAAGAGAAAGCACCAUCGCGGGAUGGCGACUCUCGCAUGUCGUGGACCAACGAUAAAGAUGUGACAGACGGUGGACCAGGGAGCAGGAGGUCUAGCAAAACCGACCAAGAGCGCAGCCCAGAGUCUGUCCCCAGCUCUGGGUUAAGCUGCACACUCGAACCGACUAAGAAUGGUUUUACAUCUGGCACUGGAGAUGGAGUUACCAAUGGAAACCACUCAAGUAAGCAUGAUGAUGAGAAUGACCCGUGGAAACGAGCGUCACCACCAGCACCCAGAAGGCAGUUUGGAGAGUUGCAGCGCUCCAAGUCAGACUUACACCUGCGCUGCUCAGUAGCAAUAUCAGAGCAGGAGCAUUUCUUUGACUUCUGUGGGCUGGACAUGGAUAUGAUCGAGCGUCUGGGUCGUGAGAAUUUCCUCUCUGGCGCCAGCUCUAUAGACACUCUCUCGUUGGCGCUCCGCAGUGUGGGUGGGGACGGUUGUGGAGGCUCGGAGCCCAGCGAGUUCUCCCGCCACUCAGGAGAUGGACUGUUCGAGGAGGAACUGGCUGAACAGCUUCCCACUGGUGUGUCAAUAAUUGAGAGAAAUGCUCGUGUCAUCAAAUGGCUUUAUGGGUGUAAAAACGCCGCUCGUGAAGGGCCCAAAGAAUCAACCGUUUGAUAAAGGGACAAGGAUUCCUGUGCCAUGGAGAGAGCUGUGUACGUGUUGUGUUUCAUAGAAUUUGUUGAUUUCUCUACCAAGAGGAGAGAACCAUUUAGAGAAAUCAACAGUGCAUUGUGCAGAAAUGUGCUGCUGAAGUGCACUACAAACCAAACGUGAAAGGAUUAAACCAGCACAGAAUUUCAGAUAAAUUUAAAAUAAAUCUGCAACAUAAAACGGAAAAUUCGAUGCACCUGAGCGUCAUUAGGCAAAUCUGGCUUCCAAGUAUGAUUUUAAUUUUUACAUUUCUAAUGAGUGCCACAGAGUUGACACUGGAUUUGGUUCAGUCGCUAAUGUCCAUGUCUGGGAUUAGCAUUUCAUGGCACUAGCUUUAGUCCCUUCACUCCAAAGAGACUGCUUCUUCAAAUUAGAGACUAAAUGCUACUGCUUAUAUCCUGUCAGUUUGAUUUGUUGUAUUUAUAGAGCCUAUAGACAUAUUUUGUGACCUUUAUGGCAAACGGAGCUGUUUUUUUCUCAGCUCAUUUUUCUGUUAUUCAUCGCAUUUUCCCCAUUAUUUUAAAUGUGUAUGAUUGCGUGUGUGUGUGGAGUGGGCACUGGAUUACUGUCCUCUCUAUUUGUAUCUUCUUUUCAUUUAUUUACAUAACCAGAUAAGAACUGAUUUGAAAUGAGCCCCUGUGAGCCUUCACAAGGCACAUAAGUGUAUGUUUGUUUGACACAAUGGGCACAGCUUAGCCUCCUUGACAUCACCACUCUUCCUAAUGACUAAUUUAAAAUGGAAAACCACUAAGCUAUGUUUUUUCCGAACAGGAAAAAUGUUGUGUGAGUGUGAAGUGAACCAUGAGUACCUCAUUCGAAUCUGUCCCAGUUUAGUUUGUGUGUUGCUUUUUUUUUUUUUUUUUUACUCCUUAAACGCAGGCGUUGGAACAAACAUGUGAGGCACCCCCAUGGGGUUGUUAAUGCACUGAACUGGACAGAGUGAGGAAAUGACAUGUAGAAAUAUAACUUUGACUCUUUCCAGAGAUGUCAUCUCAUAUAAUGUUAAACACUGAGCUGGAUUCAAAGAAGUGUCUUCAUCCUGGAAAAAAGGAGCCGUGCUUGGCUAGUUUUCAUUAUUUGAAAGUCAUUUUUCAGCCCUUAGUUAAGAUCAGUGUUCAAUAAUGUAUUGUGACACAGUCGCUGAUUGCGACACCUGUUCAGUGGUCACUGCUGGGUAAGCUUUCAGGAAUGAAAACAGGGAUAAACACCUUGUCAAUCUUUGUCAGUGACUGUAAAACUGGACUUCAGCAAGCAAAUAUAUGCAAAUUUAGAUUUUUCUAUUUCACUGAAAUCUCAAGACUGAAUAAAAUCUCUCUAUAAAAAAGUAAUAUAUUAUAAGAGGAAAAGAACUCAAAAGACCUUUCCUGCCAGAUGCUUUAGGACCUCGUUUUUACCAUCUGGCAGCUUACAAAUGUUAACUCAGCCCAUCCCAUCUCAAAACAAGCGGGGGG